GCUCAAUUUGCGCUAUCUGAUGUAAACACGUUCAAUAUAUUGUUUCGAGCGUAAAUCACCUGAUAAAUACAACACUGGCUUGGCAACGCCCGCAAAGAAUACGCCGGGUACGCUCCACACUUACCUCAUACGGCCGGUGCACGUCAAUCGGGCUCAGCUAAUUGGGGAAAAGAUCGCGUGUGAUUUUGGUUAAACAGAAAAUACAUCCUUACCUACCCGGCUUAUGUUAUCAAACUCGUUGAUUUGUAAAUUCGUAUUGGAGCGCAGUGCAGUGCCGUCAUCGGUCGAGUCACGGCAGGAUGUUGUCGUUGGAGCAAUUGUCACAAAUGGUAAAGGUACACCUCGGACUCUACAGCGACGCGGACGGAGUUCAGCACUUUAGUAAGUGGAUCAUCGGAGAAUCUUCACUCGGCGGUCGCGGAUUGUUUGCCACCCAAGAUAUUUCAUCGGGAGAAGUGCUGUUCGUGGAUCACCCGAUCAUACGAGGACCACGCUCCGGAACCACAGUGAGCAGAGGUUGUACUGUCUGCUGUAGUAUUGAAAGUGACACGUUUUUCAAAUGCUCUAAAUGUUCCCUGCUAUUAUGUUCAGAAGAGUGUCAAGAAACUACAACACACGACGAGGACUGUACGACUAUCUGUCGGUGGCAAAAUAAAAUUCCGAUUGAUGAAAUUGAUGAUGCCAUACUAUCAAGAGCUUUGGCGCCUAUAAGGGCAUUACGAUUGAGUGAGGACCAAAAAUUACUCAUGGCUGCACUUCAAGUACAUUCGCUUCCACGCCACGGAGCUGAAGUCAGAGAAUUGAAAGAGUGUUUCGACAUUCCAGAGGAUGACGAAGAUUUAAUGACCCUCGCGUGUUGUGCUCUAGAUACAAAUGCAUUUCAAAUCGCAACUCCGUAUGGCAAGAAGGAAAUGAGCUUGCGUGGACUGUAUCCAGUUUCUGGUCUGAUGAACCACAACUGUGUGCCGAAUACACGCCACAGCUAUAAUAAAGACUCGCAAAUGGCAGUGAAAGCAGUAAAGCCAAUACGCGCUGGGUGUGAAAUAUUUACAAGUUAUACGGGAACAUUGUGGGGAACGCCGGCUCGAAGAACCCAUCUGUACAAGACAAAACAUUUCUUUUGCGAAUGCGACCGCUGCGCCGACCCUACCGAGCGUGGCACUCUACUGGCAGCCUUGAAGUGCUUUUCCGCGGAGUGCCCCGGCUCUCUUCUUCCGAUCAACCCAUUAAACGCGUCAUCGCCUUGGCGGUGCAUUGAAUGUGAUUUACGUGUGCCGAUAAAAAACAUUUGUACUAUACAAAGUGCUCUAGGAAGUUUGAUGGGUUCACUAGACUUCGAAAAUGUGGAUCAGUUAGAGAACUUUCUUGUCAAUCGCGUAAAUAAAUACAUUCCUAAGACGAACCAAAUUGUUGUAGAUCUUCAGUGUCGUCUGAUUUGGGAGCUUGGGGAAGUCGACGGGCUUCGUUGGCAUGCGUGAACACGUAAACAUUCAACAGAGCGAAGUAAACCAACAUUAAUGGUUCCAGAUUAUAACUCAAGGCUCAACGGGC